AUGAAUCUCCUGAUGCUGACCUUCAUUAUAUGUGGGUUCCUAAAUCCGGUGACCAAAGCUGGCUGGGGAGUCAAAAGAUGUUGGAAGAAUAACAUCGGACACUGCAGAAAACGAUGUUUUCAUGUUGAAAGGUACAAGCUUCUUUGUAUGAACAAGCUAACGUGCUGCAUUCCCAUAAAAGAUGAUCCCGGAUACACUAAAAUGCCACCACGUCCUGGGCCCUUUGAAGAGAUAACUAUUAAUAUUAAUGAUUGGGAUAUAUCUUCUAAUUCCCCCGUAUCUUGGUUCAAUGAUGAAAUGACGGUCAGCCCAACUGGAGGUAUAAGAGAAAUUUCUUCCAGAGCUUCAACAUAUUCUCCUGAGACCACUGCGGGGACAAUUCCACUGGGGACUGGAUGGCAUGCAGAUGGACAUAAAGCUACCGCCAAGAAAGAGAGUUACCCUAUAGUUGGAAAUGCGUAA